CGGCGCUUGGGGUGGCCAGUGGUCAGAGGCGUGGGCGGGGCGUGGGCAGCGGCGCGCCGAGCUACGGCUCGGCCAGGAGCCCGGCAGAAGGGUCGACACCGCCCGGCAGUUGAGCGGCAGACGGCUCUGGUGGGCGGGCGAGGACCCGACGGAGCGGAGCGCGACUUGUCCCCUGUCGAGCGGGGCGCCGGAUGCAGCGCUGGGUACACAGAUGGUGCUCAAUAAAUGCUGAGUGAAAGGAUGAAUGAAUGAGACCGUCCCCUCUGCCUAGCCCCAUUUAGCCCCCGGGUUGAGGGCGUCCAGGCCACACUCACCUCUACGCUACAGCCUGGGGCAUCCUGAUCCUCGGCAGGUAUUUAUUGGGCGCCUACUGUGUAUCUGGCUUCGGACUGGGAAGACAGAUUCCUGGAUCCUGUGGAAGUCGCAGCCCAAGGGCGAGAUCGAUUUCAAUUUGGCUCAUCAAGUCCCAUAAAGAGGUCCUCAUGCUUCAGCUCAUCCGUUUGUUCAGCCAACUGAUACUGAGCAUCGGUUCUGCUCGGAGCCUUGAGAGGCUGGACUGAGGCAUGAGCCCCCAGCUGCGUGGUUGGAUCCCCUAGCGCAUUGUGGGACGGGAGUGUGCUCCCACACAUGGUUUGGCCAGGCGGAGACCAGAGCAGCCGGGGGACGCCACCAUGGUGAAGCUGUUGGUGGCCAAAAUCCUCUGCAUGGUGGGCAUGUUCUUCUUCAUGCUGCUUGGCUCCCUGCUCCCCGUGAAGAUCAUCGAGAUGGACUUUGAGAAGGCCCACCGCUCGAAAAAGAUCCUCUCGCUCUGCAACACCUUUGGCGGUGGGGUCUUUCUGGCCACGUGUUUCAAUGCUUUACUGCCGGCUGUGAGGGAAAAGCUCCAGGAAGUCCUGACUCUCGCGCACAUCAGCACCGACUACCCGCUGGCCGAGACCAUCAUGCUGUUGGGCUUCUUCAUGACUGUCUUCUUGGAGCAGCUGGUGCUGACCUUCCGCAAGGAGAGGCCAGCCUUCAUCGACCUGGAGACAUUCAACGCCAGCUCGGAUGCUGGCAGUGACUCGGAGUAUGAGAGCCCCUUCAUGGGCGGCCCACGGGGCCACGCGCUCUACGCGGAGCCACAUGGGCACAGCCACGGCCUGAGCGUUCAGGAGCUGUCACGCUCCAGCCCGCUGCGGCUCCUCAGCCUGGUCUUUGCCCUGUCGGCCCACUCAGUCUUCGAGGGCCUGGCCCUGGGCCUGCAGGAGGAAGGGGAGAAGGUGGUGAGCCUGUUCGUGGGAGUGGCCAUCCACGAGACGCUGGUGGCCGUGGCCCUGGGCAUCAACAUGGCCAGGAGUGCCAUGGCCUUGAGGGACGCAGCCAAGCUGGCUGUCACUGUGAGUGCCAUGAUCCCACUGGGCAUCAGCCUUGGCCUGGGCAUUGAGAGCGCCCAGGGCAUGCCCAGCAGUGUGGCCUCUGUGCUGCUGCAGGGCCUGGCGGGUGGCACCUUCCUCUUCGUCACCUUCUUUGAGAUCCUGGCCAAGGAGCUGGAGGAGAAGAGCGACCGGCUGCUCAAGGUCCUCUUCCUGGUGCUGGGCUACACUGUCCUGGCUGGCAUGGUCUUCAUCAAGUGGUGACCGCUCUGCCCCCACCCAGCCGGAGCCCAACAAGACGCACAGGGCCCUGCCCCACCUCCCCUGUGGGUCAGAGCUCAGCCCCCAGGCCAUGCCUGCACAUAGAGGGGCCACCUGGGACCACACUGCACCCCAAAUCCUGCACCCUGAGCCUUGGGACCCCACUCUUACUUUUACAAAUUCUUCUCUUAAAAGUAUUUCCCAAA